AUGGAGGAGGCCGAUCCGCCGCGGCGAGGGCGACGGGCCGUCCAAUAGCGAGGCGCUGGGGGCGGGGCCUGUGCCCGUAGCAGCGAGCAACCGCCGCGCGGGCUUGGAUGGUGCUGAGGGCACGAGCCCUGGGCCAGUUCGCAGAGGAAUCUUGCAGCAAGCCUAGCCUCAGUUUCCCCCUUUGGGAGUAAGCCCAGCAUGGUGGGCUGGAGCAGCUGCACAGGCCGCGCGCAGUGAUGACGUGGCGCGUAAAACCCUGGAGCCCCGGCGCCGCCUGUCAGAACCGCGGCAUCCCUCAUCUGUAAACCGGAGCUACAGAUUCUGCUUUUCCUCUGUGACGGGACAUGCGCUCUGGUCCAAGCCCGUAGUCCAGAUGCCACUCAUGCCGAUGGCGUCGGUGAUGGCAGUGGCUGAACCCAAAUGGGUCUCAGUCUGGGGCCGUUUCCUGUGGCUGGCGCUGCUGAGCAUGGCCCUGGGCUCACUGCUGGCCCUGCUGCUGCCGCUGGGAGCCGUGGAAGAGCAGUAUCUAGCUGUGCUGAGAGGCUUCGACCUGCUCAGGAGCAAACUGGACAGGGCCACCAAGUGCACCAGCCCGUCCACGGAGCUCAGCGUCACCUCUGGGGACGCGGGGCUGCUGACAGCCAAGACUAAAGCAUCUCCAGCAGGGAAGCUGGAAGCCAAGGCUGCACUAAACCAAGCCCUGGAGAUGAAGCGCCAAGGCAAGAGGGAGAAAGCCCACAAGCUCUUCCUGCACGCUCUCAAGAUGGACCCUGGCUACGUAGACGCCCUUAAUGAGUUCGGCAUCUUUUCAGAAGAAGACAAGGACAUCAUCCAGGCGGAUUACCUGUACACCAGGGCACUGACCAUUUCGCCCUUCCACAAGAAAGCGCUGGUCAACCGGGAUCGGACGCUGCCGCUCGUGGAGGAGAUCGACCAAAGGUACUUCAGCAUCAUCGACAGCAAAGUGAAGAAGGUUAUGUCCAUCCCCAAGGGGAGCUCAGCGCUGCGCAGGGUCAUGGAGGAGACCUACUACCACCACAUCUACCACACGGUGGCCAUCGAGGGCAACACCCUCACCCUGUCAGAGAUCAGGCACAUCCUGGAGACGCGCUACGCCGUGCCAGGGAAGAGCCUGGAGGAGCAGAACGAGGUGAUCGGCAUGCACGCCGCCAUGAAGUACAUCAACACCACACUGGUCUCCCGCAUCGGCUCCGUCACCAUCGACGACAUGCUGGAGAUCCACAGGAGGGUGCUCGGGUACGUGGACCCGGUGGAGGCCGGCAGGUUCCGGAGGACCCAGGUCCUGGUGGGGCACCACAUCCCGCCCCACCCCCGGGACGUGGAGAAGCAGAUGCAGGAGUUCACGCAGUGGCUCAAUUCGGAGGAUGCCAUGAAUCUGCACCCAGUUGAGUUCGCAGCCCUAGCCCAUUACAAACUUGUGUACAUCCACCCUUUCAUAGAUGGCAACGGGAGGACCUCCCGCCUGCUGAUGAACCUGAUCCUGAUGCAGGCAGGGUACCCGCCCAUCACCAUCCGCAAGGAGCAGAGGUCUGAGUACUACCAUGUAUUGGAAGUUGCUAACGAGGGUGACGUGCGGCCUUUCAUCCGAUUCAUUGCCAAGUGUACAGAGGUCACUCUGGACACCCUGCUCCUCGCCACCACUGAAUACUCCGUGGCACUUCCGGAAGCCCAGCCUAACCAUUCUGGGUUCAAGGAGACACUUCCUGUGAGGCCCUAACCACUGGCCUUUCCUUGGUGAAGGGAAGCCAGGGAGACAGCAUCCAGAGAGCACUUUUCUAGAAAUAGUUCUCCACAGAAGCAAAAGGAGACCUUUAGACAUUCUUUACCUCCAGGUGUUUUUUAGUUAAGAAAGAAAACUAAAUUAAUUGGCCUAUCUUUAGGAUAAUUUAUAGUUCAGCCAAGUUAUUUAUUUUUUUUUGAGAGUGAGCAAGCUAGCAGUGUCGAAUGGCGCUAUGGCCACAUUGCCUGUGGUGAUCCCAGCACCCAGUAGGGCAGCAAUGCUCCUUUAAAGCCCUAGGCCUGGGUGACUGGAUAGAAUUUGCACUAAGGGUGGAAGCAAGGGGGCCAGAUCUGUGGGGUAAAGCCCAGGGCCACAGGGAUCACUCAUACUUUGGGGUCCAGUGACCUCAGGGGAAGACUACGAUCCCAGGCAGAACUCGCCCUUCCAUGAGACAGGCUUUCACUCCUAGGAGGCUGUAGUGGCAGCUUCUACUGGCAGAGCAGCCCUUGGAGACAGGAAGCAAACGUUGCCAUCUCCAGCGGGAGACUGCAGAUUCCCAAAGACCCUCUGAGCCACUAACUUGCUAACCUGAAUGCCAGGGGAUACUAUUUCCCUAUCCAGACUGUUCUGAGGACAGCCAGCGUGGCUUUUCCUUAGCUUUCUCCUGUGCUUCACUUGCAUCAACUGAGUCCAGGUGUUUUAGGCUACAAGUUCUCCAAGCUUGCCGAGGUACUCCAUCCAUCAAGCCAUAAAACAGGUCUGCCUUCACCUCCCACUCAGGUCUCCGGCACGUAGACCCUAAAGAACACAUUUGAGGGCCUGGAGGCAAGACCCAGUGGUACAAUGCUACCCACCAUACACCACGCCCCGGGCACCUUCCCUAACAUUACAAAACAAUGUAUCUAAGACACCACAUCAACCCCAAAUGAGCAGUUCUGAUAAAAUAGUUCCAAGGGAGCAAACACCUGUGACCAGAGCCCAGCCUCGCCCCUUUGUCCUGUGGUUCUAAUUCACUAUGAAGCCAUUAUAGGGGUCCAGCAUUCCCUUUAGGUAGGUUGUAAAGUGAUGGUGUCAUGCCUGAUAGGCGCAUUUCAAAUUGUCAUCUUAGAAAAAAUAAACUUUGUUCAAUCAUA